AUGCGUCCCGCUGUGUAUGCAAGUGUGGUGCGGAACCGGAAGCAGAAUGCGCGACGAAUACGCUUGCGCGCGCCACAAUUCUCUUUACGACGAGUAAUGGUGAUGGUGUUUGUAGGUGGCGCUUUAUUCAUACCUGGAUUAAUACUUACAAUUCUAGGAGUGGAAAAUGAAGGGAAUACAGAGAAAGAUUCACCUGAACAAAAAGUUAUGUACACCGUCAUCGGGCCAGCAGGCUGUGCUCUCGGGGUCAUCGUACUCAUUGCGGCUGUUCUCUACUACUUCUGCUAUGGCUUCUCCACCAUCACACAGCCUCGACACUCCACUACAUCCGGCGGAAGUAGCCACCACGGACACUCCUCCUACUCAAGCGUGAAGAGUGCGCAUAGUCACAAUGACGACAAAUCGAAUGGAGAGGCAAGAAACCAUUCCCGACAUUCUAACAAACGGUCAAAUUCAUCGUCAUCAAACCAAUCACACCACCACCACCACCACCACUCCCAAAGUCCACACGUUCAGAAAAAUCACAAGCGUCCUGCUAGCGCAUCGCCACACACGCCACCGGAAGAAGAAGAUCGUGCUGUCAGACUAACUGAACACACAGAUGUUACGGUCACAUUGGAAACCACGCCUAUUCCAAGCCCAGAAAGCGGUCCAGAAGUUGAAAUCGUACAACACCAUGACCCGGAGAAGUGA